CACCUUAAACACCUUUAAAUUAAUCAUUGAAAAUAUUUAUCAAUUGCAAUGGAGCAGAGUCAACCACCGCCAACAACGCCGGUGCCGGCGCCGGCGACACCCAUUUCGCAGCCAGCUGAACCAAUUCCGGCAACAUCUCCAGCUCUGCCACCUCCUUCCUCUGCCCCAAUAAGUCAACUUCCUUCUACAACAACCACUACAUCAGUAGCAUCACAACCACUAAACCUAAACCCUACCACCACCACCACCACCUCAGCUACUAAAACCACUACUACUACCACUACCAGUUCAGGUACUAAAACCAUCACCACUACCACCACUACCAUCAGCCCUGGCGGUACCAUCACUGCCGCUGCCGUGCAGCAGCAAAACCCUUCAGCAGCCACUUCACAACAAAAUGCUCAAAUAAGACAACCCUUUGGCCGGCCAUGGCAACAGCCUUCACCUUUUCAACACUUUUCGUUACCUCCUCCACCUCCACCACCACCACCUCACUCGUCGUCAUCAUCUUCUUCGGUUUCGUCUUCUUCAGUUUCUAUGCAAAAUCAAAACCCUAGAGGUGGUAUGGCUAUGGGAGUACCUGCUCAUCACCCUAGUAGCUCUUUCUCUUCAUUGACGACGCCUUCUUAUGGACAGCAAUUUGGUGGUUUAGGUCGCAAUUUGCCUGAUUCUACGCCACCCACCUCAACUACCUCACAGGUGAGGCAGCCUAUACAAGGAAUGCAUGGGAUGGGAAUGAUGGGAUCACUUGGUUCAACUUCACCAAUGCGCCCCGCAGGGAUUUCUCCUCAGCAACUGAGACCUGUCUCCUCUGCAAUCAGACCUCAGACGAGCAUCGGUAGUCAGUCUGCUGCUACACAGAAUUUUCAAGGACAUAGCAUGUUGAGAGUUCAGUCAGUCGGAUUUCCGCCAUCCCAAUCACAUACUACUACCUCUCAAAGUCCAAAGACACAGACUCAGCCAUGGUUAUCUUCAGGAGCACCGGGGAAGCCCCCUUUGCCGACACCAUCAUUGAGACCUCAAAUUAAUCCUCAGUCUUUGCAUCAAAGGUCCCAUAUUCUUGCAGCGCAUCAGCAUACUGUUACUACUUCAUCCUCUGCCCAACAGUCACAGCCUUCAACCUCAAGUCAGUCCCAAGAUCAUUUGGGGCAACAGAUGCCUCCAUCCAGGAUUCAACAAUCAUUAUCUAAUCAAGCACUUGGCCGGGGUCAGGGUUUAGGAAUCCAGAGACCUUCAUCACAUGCAUUGAUGCAACCCACUGCAGUCCAGCCAGGGCUACCUAGUAAGGCUGCUACCACUUUAGAGAUGGGAGAUCCUUGUACUAGGAUUCUAAGCAAGAGAAGCAUCCAAGAGAUUGUGACCCAGAUUGAUCCAUCAGAGAAAUUGGAUGCUGAAGUUGAAGACAUCCUCGUUGAUAUAGCAGAGGAAUUUGUGGAAUCUAUUACCACAUUUGGCUGUUCAUUGGCCAAGCAUCGGAAAUCCAAUACAUUGGAAGCAAAGGACAUCCUUCUGCAUCUUGAAAGGAAUUGGAAUAUGACUCUCCCAGGUUUUGGUGGGGAUGAGAUCAGAGCCUACAAGAAGCCAUUAACCAGUGACAUCCACAAAGAGAGAAUUGCAGCGAUAAAGAAAUCGACUCUCGUAGCCGAGAUGACAAAUGCAAAGGGCCCAACACAGACUGGUGGGAAUAUGAAAAGCCAUUUAGCAAAAAAUGCAGCUAAUAUUAUGGGUUCCCCUAAUGCCAAGACAUGAAAGCUUGUGCAUUAAAACAAAAGGCA